AUGAUCUACUUUGAUAGAUGCGUUGGAGAGCAGACAGUUCUGGAGGCUCCUAUGGAUUUAAAGUUUAUUAAUGAAUGUCCAAGUGGGCUGAUUACUCUCCAUGAGUUCCAAAGGCAUUUCUGUAAUGGAACAGUGGGCAGUGAGUCAGCAGAGUAUGCUGAAAAGAUAUUCCGCACCCUGGACAAUAAUGCAGAUGGGGUGGUUGAUUUCAGGGAGUAUGUAAUGGCCAUCAGCAUGCUUAUAGAAGGGUCAGCUGUGGAGAAGCUGUGCUGGUCAUUCAAGCUCUAUGACAAAGACAGAGAUGGAGCCAUCACGAAGGAGGAGAUGCUGGAGAUAAUGCAGGCUGUGUAUAAGAUGAGCGUAGCCACUGCUUUGACCGAACCCAACCCACUUACAGCUGAAGAAUGCACCAACAGGAUAUUUGUGCGAUUAGACAAAGACAAUAACGCCAUCAUCAGUCUGGAGGAGUUCAUAGAGGGUGCGCUGGAUGAUGAUUGGAUCAGAGAGAUGCUGGAAUGUGACCCCAGUACUGUGAAGGUGGAGAGGCCGCUGAAGGGGGACACCGCUUUGGGGACUCAUGGUUGACCUGAAGCAAGUCAUUGUAUUCACUGAGAGCAAAGAAUUGAAGCAGUCGAUGUUUGGACUGAAAUUUCCAUGAAACAUUACAUCAUGGUCUGUAGAGUCACUU